AACGCCCGUCCCCCCAUGAAGCGCAAAGGCUGCUGGGAAGUAAGGUCAAGAAUCACAGGCUGCUGUUCAAGACAAUCACCAUCGACUGCUGCUGGAAAGAUCGUCAAACUAUCACUCUUGGGGUAAAAAACAUUUGUGUAAGUUUGUUCGCUCAAAAUAGACGGAUCCACUUUGCUAAGAAUUAUUCAACAUUGAACUUAAAACACUCUAUCGCCCUCGUGCACUCUGCCGAAGACACAACACCGUGGCUAACUAACGUUAGCUGGUCAGCUGCAGCAUUGUUAUUGUUUUCGCUGGGUUUGGCGGCCGUAUAAACACUACUCCCCGAGGUACCCCAGCCCAGGCAGGGGUCCGGACUGGCUGAGUGAUGUGUUUCUGCUCCUCCCGGGAAGAUGGAUGAGAAGUCCACCAGCAGCAGCCACCAGAGGCUCCUCAUCGCCCUGCUCAUGUCGUUGCUUUUCGGAGUCAUCACGGUCCAGUAUGUGUGUCCCAGCAGGUCCGAGUGCCACAUGCUGCACCAGUUGGGAUCCUGGUUGAAAGUCGGCAGUGCAUCUGGUCCCCGGAGCAGUGGCAACGAACCCCGGGACGUGCUCCAAAAAGACCCGUACAUUGCAGAAGACGGCGCCCUGGUCCGCUUUGUCCCCCGUUUCAACUUCACCAAAGACGAUUUAUAUCGCGUUGUGGACUUCAACAUCAAAGGAGACGACGUUAUAGUUUUCCUACACAUUCAAAAAACAGGUGGCACCACCUUUGGGCGACAUCUUGUGCGAAAUAUCCAGCUGGAGAGACCAUGCGAGUGCCAUGCGGGCCAGAAGAAAUGUACCUGUUACCGGCCAGGUAAAAAAGAAACCUGGCUCUUCUCCCGGUUUUCUACCGGCUGGAGCUGUGGGCUUCAUGCGGACUGGACGGAACUAACAAAAUGUGUCCCGUCACGCAUGAACACACGAGAGGCUCCCAAGAACCUGCCCAGAUGGAACUAUUAUUAUAUAACCAUCUUGAGAGAUCCAGUAUCACGCUAUUUGAGUGAGUGGCGUCAUGUGCAGCGUGGUGCCACAUGGAAAGCCUCCUUACACGUGUGUGAUGGACGUUCACCAACGCUGUCUGAGCUGCCAAGCUGCUACCCUGGAGAUGACUGGUCAGGCUGCUCCCUUCAGGAGUUCAUGGACUGCCCCUACAACCUGGCCAACAACCGGCAGACCCGCAUGCUGGCUGACCUAAGCCUGGUUGGAUGCUACAAUGUCUCUGCCAUGAGCGAGGACGAGCGCUGGGCAGUACUUCUGCACAGUGCUAAGCGUAACCUACGCGACAUGGCCUUCUUUGGGCUGACUGAGUACCAACGUAAGACCCAGUACCUGUUUGAGCGAACCUUCAACUUGGAGUUCAUUGCACCCUUUACUCAGCUCAAUGGCACCCGUGCCUCUAGUGUUGACAUACCUCCCGAAAUACAACGCACAAUCCGUCAGCUAAACCGAUGGGAUGUAGAGUUGUACGAGUACGGCCGAGACCUUUUCUUACAGCGUUUCCAGGUGGCGCGGCAGCAGGAGCGCAGGCUGGCCAGAGAGAGGCGGCAGCAGGAAAGAAGGCGGCUCCGUGGAAGGCUUACAACAAAGCAAUGGAGGCAGCUGAAGCCCACAGAAACACCCCGUCCGCUUGACAGCCACUCUGUAGUUACUGAGGAGCAACUGAGGAAGAAGGCUGGUGGAGACAAUGUGGAGUUAGAGAUGCCUCUCCCAGAGUGGUGGGAUUUGGACGAGAAUAGCACCAUGGAGGAUUACAUGGACAACGUGGAACAGUGGUAGGGACAGGAAUGAGAGGUCUUAAUGCUAAAUGUGCCA